CCAGCCGGCAGUUGCAUCAAAAUGUUGAAUCCAAACGGCAGCAGUAAUCCUACCACGAAGUACGAUGACAAGGAACACAUAUGGAGCGGGGCACGGCAGCAGGGAUUCUACAAUGAAGGUUUGACCAUUGGACAGAUCAUCUUUCGGCAGCUGCAGCGAGAGCCCCAAAGAAUAUUCCAGAUCUCACACACGGAUAAUACGCGGCUCACGCGCUGGCAGAUGCUGGAGCAUGCCUCCAAAAUGGGGGCCUAUUUGAGGGAACAAAAGUUCACAAAGGAAACGGAUAUUGUGGGUCUGAUGGCAAGGAAUACGACACAUGUGGCAGCUGUGGCCUAUGGCUGCCUCUUCAAUGGUACACCCUUUCAUGCCGUGAAUCCGAAUCUCGAGGAGAAGACCAUCAGGGAUCUGUACAACAUCACCAAGCCCCGCAUCCUGUGCUGCGACAGUCAGGACUAUCAGAAGAUCAAGGAUAUAGCUGGAACAUUGGGUGCCACAGUUCUCAUAGUAAAUGGAAAGGUUCCCCAUGUCUCGAGCAUCCCAGAGAUACUUAAAACGGCUUUAAAUGGCAACUAUGAGCCUUCAGAGUUUCCUGGUGGCAUCAAUCGCACCAUGGCCAUCCUUUGUUCUUCGGGCACCACAGGAACCCCUAAGGCGGUGACCAUUUCCAACAGUCGCAAACUCUUCGAGUGCCACAGCUACCUGUCGCCCAAUGAUGUGCAGUAUGCUCCUAGUACCCUGGACUGGCUGACGGGACUGAUUUCACUCGUCACGGCUGGGGUUUAUGGCACAGUCCGUCUGAUAUCCAGUGAAAUGUUUAGCCCCGCGCACUUUUUGGAGAUCUGUGAACAGAAUGAAAUGUCGUGGACCAUUAUGGCCAAUUCUCAUGUCGCCAUGUUGGCCAAUUGCCCACAAACCAAUCCCCAGAAGCUGAGAAGCCUGCAGCACUUACUUUUCGCUGGCGGCCACUGUCUUGUGGCGACUCUCAAGAAAAUGCAAUCCUUCCUGCAUGGCCAGGGUAUCCUGAGAAAUGCCUAUGGCCUAACGGAGUUGGGCGCCCUCGUUUCCUACAACUACGACACGCAAUCAAAGCCCGAAUCGGUGGGUCGUUUGAUGGCCAACAUCCGCGUGAGGAUUGUCGAUGCCGCUGGGCAAAAUCUGGCGGUUAAAGGCGUGGGAGAGAUUCUGUUGCAUAAUGGACAGCCGUGGAGUGGAUAUUUUGGCAAUCCCAAGGCCACGGCGGAGAUGCAGGACUCCGCAGGAUGGUUCCACACGGGCGACAUUGGCUACUUUGAUGAAGAUAACUAUCUGCACAUUGUGGAGCGCAAAAAGGACAUGCUAAAGUAUCUGGGAAUGAUGUACUAUCCGCAUGAGAUCGAGGAAGUGAUCGCCCAAAUGCCCGAUGUCUCCGAGGUCUGUGUGUUUGGCCUGUGGCGCGAACAGGAGGGCGAUGCGGCAGCUGCCUCUGUGGUCCUUCGUCCCAGCAGCCAAGUCCAAGCCUUUGAGGUGGAGAUUUUUGUGCGGGAGCACAUCUCCGUGCCCUUCAAGCACCUCCAUGGUGGGGUGCAAAUCGUGCAGCAGCUGGCCAAGAGUGCCAAUGGAAAGGUCAAUCGUCAGGCGGUCAAAGCGGACUACAUAAAGCGGUUCACCUCCACUUAGACGUCCCCGCAGAUUCAUACCACAGUUACGCAGAUAUAGUUUCACUUUUCAAAAGAUACAGAUACAAAAUGUAAUCAGCGAGCUAGCACUUUGCACUCUCACAAG